GCCAUCAAAAAUACAUCAGUCACAGUAAACAUGACUUCGACAGCAGAGUCAAGGUCAAAGUCGCCGACCUGAAUACAUUUGCUGUACGUGCGGCCUGGUAUGCAGCGAAGCACUUCUUCGUCAUCGGUUGAAACAUCAUGUUCCGUCAACUCAAAUCGCUCCGCUUCAUCCCAAUCCACUACAUCAACAUGCGGGAUGUCAACAAUAAGUCUUCAUGCCUCUCGAUAUGCUGACGACCACUAUCCACUCAUCAACACCAUACACCCAGAGAUCGUGCCUGAUUGCGUACCAAAAGACCAUUCCGUGUUUUAUUGUGCGCGUCAAAUGGCUCAGAUCCACAAUACUGUCAUUCGAGGACUGAAUGCAUCUUGGAAUUAUGCAGCCCUUGUCAAGACCGAGACCCAACAGGCUGCAGACUUUCUCCGCUUCAACCAACAGCUCUUCACAAUGCUUGACCACCACCACAAGGUCGAAGAUGACUUCUUGUUUCCCGCGAUUGAGAGUAUGCUCCAUCGUCCUGGUGCGAUGGAAGAGAACACCAAGGAACAUGCCUCCUUUGCAGAAGGCCUAGCCAUCUUCAAAAAGUAUAUCUUCCAGACCAAGCCUUCAGAAUUCAAUGGUGUCACUCUCCAGCAUAUCAUCGAGUCGUUCGCACCCACUUUGGUCCAAAAUUUACAUGAUGAGAUACCGAUGUUGAUGAGCCUGCACGUGCUUGACUCUGCAGCACUUCUGAAGACCUGGAAGAAAGCUGGUCGACGUGCCGCCAAACAUGCCCGCCUAUAUACCUCAGGACCUUUGACACUAGGCUGCCAGGACAAGACCUUCACCAUUGAUAGCGCAAAGCCAGAUUUUCCGGAGAUGUCUUGGCUUAUCGAGGCUGUUGUCCGGAACUGGCACAGCAGGAAAAAUGCUGGUGCUUGGGUCUUUUGUCCCAGUGACCUGUCUGGGCAGCGGCGACAAGUGACGACUGUUUGAAUUGCAAGGAACUGCCAUGAUGAAUGGUGACGACGACGGUUGUCGGUUGGUUUUGGUCAUU